AUGCAUGCUCAACCCCCUUCAGAUCCUGGACUAACAGCCAUUAUCGGCAUAAGGGAUAAAAAUAACAAACUGACACCAGUCCGAGCCAUUAUUGAUGGUGGUUCCCAAACUAGCUUAAUUACUCAAGAAUGUGUUCUCAAGUUAGGUCUCACCAAACAUCAAAAUAAAAUAACCAUCAUAGGUAUUGCAGACACCCAGGUCCCAGUGAACAAAGGUUCAGUAACAUGUAACAUAAGUCCUCUUAAGAACUCAAAUAUUUCUUUGAGUACUGAAGCAGUUGUAGUCCCAAAGAUAUCAUCCGAUCAGCCAAACAUUGAUAUUGACCCUACAAUCACCUCAAGAUUUGAUAAUCUACAGCUCGCUGACCCCUUGUUCUAUGAAAGCUCGCCUGUUGAAUUUCUAAUAGGAGCAGAUUUGUAUUUCGAUAUAAUAAAAGAGUCGCAUAAUAUCAUAAAAGGUGAACCCUCUGCAAUGAACACUAUUUUUGGAUGGAUAGUUGGUGGUAGAGUGGCCACUUCCUCCUGUCAAAGUGAAUGUUCUUAUUUUUUAAACUGUUGUGAAUCAGUUGAUAAGACUCUCAAAAGGUUCUGGGAGGUAGAAGCGGUUCAAAAUGUGAAGUAUCCUAGUCCAGAUGAUAUUGCAGUUGAAUCACAUUUCACAAAAACACAUAUCAGAGAUAAAACAGGCCGCUAUGUCGUAUCGUUACCAAUGAAACCUGAUGCACCCAACCUACCGAACACAAGAGAUAAGGCAGAGAAGCGACUUAUCAGCCUAGAGAACAGAUUAAAAAGCAAACCAGAAACCUAUCUGGAGUAUAGAGAGUUUAUGGAUGAUUACCUAGCUCAAGGUCAUAUGAGUAUCACCAGCAUCCCCUCACCUUAUGUAAUUCCCCACCAUUGUGUAAAAAAUGAGAACAGUAGUACAACAAAGUUGAGAACAGUGUUUAAUGCGUCUUUUAAGCCCUAUGCAAAUUCCUCUUCCCUCAAUGAUAUCCUGUAUAGUGGACCAAAGCUGCAAAGAGACAUAGGAGAGAUAAUAAUUAAUUUUCGCCUACAUGAAAUUGUUGUGUGUGCCGAUAUAAAACAAAUGUAUAGGCAAAUCGUUGUGAAUCCCACAGACCGAGCAUUUCAGCACAUAUUCUACCGCACAAAUCCAAAUGGAGAUAUAGAUGAGUACGAGCUGAACAUAUUGACAUAUGGUGUAACAUCUAGUGCUUAUUUGGCACAAAGAGUAUUACUGCAACUGGUUGAAGAUGAAGGCAAAAGAUACCCACUCGCCUCUCAAGCUAUCACUCAUCAAACGUUUGUGGAUGAUAUUUGUACCAGUGUUGAUUCUCCUCAAGAAGCACUUCAGUUACAGCAGGAACUAAUUACACUUCUGAGAUUGGGAGGAUUUACCCUAAGAAAAUGGGCCAGUAAUUGCCAGCAAAUAUUAGACAGCGUCCCGCUUGAUUGUCGAGAAAAUCCCCUCGCCCUACGCUCCGAAGAUGACUUUGCUGUUAAAGUACUUGGAUUACAGUUUGAUCCCGCUGAAGAUGUAUUUUUCUAUGUAAUUAAACUGAACCCUGUAGUUUGUACCAAGCGCUCAAUGCUUUCUGAGAUUGCUAAAAUUUAUGAUAUUUUAGGAUGGAUAACCCCCACUACAUUUUACGCCAAACAUAUCAUGCAGAGCACAUGGUUAAAUGGACUAGAGUGGGAUGACCCCUUACCAGAUGAACUUCGCAGUAAAUGGACAGCAUUUAUUUAA